CACACAAAUAACAAAACAAAUACUUCAAACAUAUAUUAUUUCUGUGGCUCCAGUGUAAUCAUGUGAAUUAUUUGCCUCACAAUCAGUAUUUAGUCUACAACAAUAUGAUAUAUGAUAGACUGAGGAACAAAAGAGUUCUGCAAUCUGUUCAGUCUCUCAAAUGUGUAACUCCUGAAAUAUCCCUCAAUACCUUCAUAAAGAGUCACCUGAUGGUCACGAUAGGAAAAAUAAAUGAAUAUGGAAAACCCUGCAAACAGAUGGUAAUUCAUUUCAAAUUAAAUGAAAAAAAUACUUGAAUAUGUAUCCUCAGAGAAUUCAAAUUCUGUUAAAACUCUAUUUUUACGACAAAUAUGGCAGUAUUUAAGUGUUAUGUCCCUUUUCCUAUUUUCAUUAGUUAAUGUGAUAGGUACACUGCUUAUUGAUCAACAGAAAACGUUCCAACAGUUAAAAUAGCUGAAUGAAAGCACAGACUAAUGACUGCUGUCAGAACAGUGGUGAUAACACUGAUAUCCUUUGUGCUGCUUAGACAGACAAUGAGGCACAGCUGUGUUUUCUAUUUACCCGAUGCAUUCAAAAUGAAAUAGAACCGCUCAGAGUGGCUGAUAGUGACAUACAUGUUAUUGGAUUAUUAUUUCUAGAUUCUUGGUUGGCACUGUGUGCUUUUGAUGCCUCACUUUAAUAUAUAAAAUCUUAAUUUCCAGAAACUCACCAGUAACAUCUAACCUUGUUUUGUUUUGUUGUUGUUUUGCAUGUAUAAAAAACAAUAUCAGCAUUUAAUACAUCAAUAUCAGUCCUAUACGCCUGAAUGAUAAGUUCAAGGAUUAAAAACAUCUUGCUGGUCCAGAUUUUCUGUGAAAGAAAGUUUGCUCCAGGAAACUUCUGUUAAAUGUUUCCAAACAGAAAAUGGGACCUCUGUGAAAACAACAAUGGCUCAAGCUAUUCAUCACUCCACCCCACCACCAUCAAGAAGAGGAAGAUUACCUUCCUGGAGCAUGAAUCUGGGACUGCUGGUGAAGUUAUAAAUGAAUUCAGAAUCCAGUUGAUUAUCCAUGGUGAUCCCUGAAAACUGGAGGAAACGAGAAGUUAAAAAGUCACUAUUGUCUGUAGGAGCCAAUGUCUCCUGCAGGUCCGAUUGUGCUUAAAAGGAAAGGUGCUGCAGCCAAGUGAUGUGGCUGACUGGAAAGGACCUUUUUUUAGACCUUGUGCAGAAGUAAAGAAACUGAACAACUCACAGUAACUCAUAGGGUGAUCUGCUCUUCUCUCAUCUGUUUCUACAUUCAGACUUCAGGCCUUCAAGGAUCACCAUGGAUAAUCCACUGGAUUCUGAAUUCACUGAAGAAAUUAAAAAAGCUCUACAAAACAACAAUCAAGCGUUAGCUGUUGCAAAGAUCCAGGAGUAUUUGGACAAGAAGAAGAAUUAUCCACUAAAUAUUGCCGUCACAGGAAAGGGUAGCUCUGGUAAAUCCACCUUUGUCAAUGCCUUUAGAGGCAUAGACAACAGUGAUGAGGAAGCUGCCCCUACUGAUGAAACCACCUCAGAGGUUACACCAUACCCCCAUCCAAAGUACCCCAAUGUUACUCUGUGGGAUCUUCCUGGUGUUGGUACCACCGAGUUUCCAGCGAACAAAUACCUGGAGCUUGUUGAAUUUGAGAAGUUUGACUUCUUCAUCAUCAUCUCAGACACUUGCUUCAGAGAGAAUGAUGUGAAACUCGCUCAGGAGAUUCAGAAGAUGGGGAAAAAAUUCUACUUUGUUCGCUCAAAGAUUGACAACGAUUUACGAGCUGAGAAAAGAAGUAAGAGGGAGUUUGAUGAGAAAAAGACGAUCACACAAAUCAAGGAAAACUGCAUUCAAGGUCUUCAGCAACAGGGUGUGGAGUCUCCUCAAGUCUUCCUGGUGUCCAGCUUUGAGCUCAAACUGCAUGACUUUCCCCUGUUACACAGGACCCUAGAGGGAGAACUUCCUGCACACCAGAGGAAUGCUCUGCUGUUGGCCAUGCCCAACAUCAACCUGGAGAUCAUCAACAGGAAGAAAGAAGCUUUCCAGGCCAAAAUAAAAUACUUUGCUACUCUAUCUGCAGCUGUAGCAGCUGUACCAGUCCCUGGGCUUUCUGUUGCUGUUGAUGUAGCUUUGAUGGUUGGAGUUGUCUCAAAAUACGUAGUCGGGUUUGGUCUUGAUAGCUCGUCACUGAAGAGUCUAGCUGGUAGCACAGGUGUGCCAUUGAAGGAUCUGACAACUGCCAUCCGUUCACAACUGGCUGUAACAAAAAUAACCCCAUUUCUUAUCAUGAAGCUGCUUACUCAAUGUGUAAGCACAGCUGCAUCAAUGGCAGCAGAGGAAGGGUCCGGAUUCAUUCCAGUAUUUGGAAUCUUAGCAGCAGUGACCCUCUCUUUGAUCACAACCAACAGAACUCUGAAUAGUUUCCUCAACAUGUUUGCUGAGGAUGCACACACAGUGUUUAAAAGGGCCCUGGGUCUGAAGACCUCAGUGUGAUAUUGUGAUAGUUCAAUGGAGCGAAGCCUGUGAGCUAGUUCAGGCAGUCAACUCGAGCUGCGCUGUUAUACACACGACAUGCCUCACUCCAUAAUCACUAACCAAGCGCACCCUUCCAAUCUGGCGGUCUAUUUAAACUACACAGUUUCCCAGCUCUCCCUCUGCUCUUUCAAUGCCGCUGUUGCCCUGCAUCCGUAUUGCUUCUGCUGCUCUGUAAGCCCCACCACCACCCCAGAAUCCACCUGUAGGCUCCAGCUUGGGGUUUAAGGUAUUUGCUCAUCA